UUCUUGCCGUGGACUUGUAGUCGUGGAAUGCAUUGCGCGGACUGGAAUAUGCGUCGAGCUGGUCGAUUCGUUGGAAUCGCCGAUGAGCCUAUAUCGGUGUUGCUGUUUUGUGUGGUCGUGUUUGCACUCUUCACUCAUCGUUACUCGAUGCGGAGAGAUGGCUCGUGGUGGAGAUGUUAUACACGAAUUUUGCAACAACCAGACGACGGUAUGCAUCAUUUAGCGAAUGAAUUCUACUCAAUUGACGCGAAACUUUGA